AUGGCUCAGCGUGGGAAGCUGUUUAUAAGCCAUUUGGGCAUCAUUGAUGGUCUUACACCACAACAUGUCAAGGAUUCAAUGAAGCAUAUGUUUGGCAUCAAGAUGGAUUACACUACUUCAUACAAAUCUUUGACAUAUGCCCAACAAUUGGUCAGGGGAACAGCUGAAGAUAGAUAUGCGAGUCUCCCAGCUUACCUACAUUCAGUUAACAAAGCCAAUCCGGGAACUGUAUCAGCUCUUCAUGUAGAUUCAAUUAACAAAUUCAAAUAUCUAUUUCUCGCAUUUAGAGCAUCGAUUGCCGGUUUUCAGUACAUGAGAAGAGUUAUUGUGGUGGAUGGAUGUCAUCUAACAUGGAAAUACGAAGAUACUUUGUUGGUGGCCACCACACAAGAUGGAAACUUUCAGAUUUUUCCUCUGGCCUUUGGAAUUGUUGAUAGUGAAGAUGAUGCUUCAUGGGAAUGGUUUUUUUCUAAACUGCGUGAAUGUGUCUCAGAUGGUUAUCCUUUGGUGAUAGUUUAUGACAGACAUCUUUCUGUUAAAAAAGCUUGUCAAACUGUUUUCCCAUGGGCAAAACGAGGGAUAUGCUACUAUCAUCUACAACACAACAUAGUAACAAAGUUUAAGGGGAAGCAGUUGUUGUACUUGGUCAAACGUGUGGCUUAUGCUUACAACAUCUAUGACUACAACAUAUACAUGGCGGAGUUAAGACAGAUCAAGCCUGAGCUUGCUGACUAUUUGGAAGAAGCCGAUGUCUCCCUUUGGUCCCGAGUUCAUUUUUUUGGAGACAAAUACAAUAUUAAGACUAGCAAUGUCGCAGAGUCUAUAAAUGCUGCACUUAAUAAGGCCCAUGGCUAUCCCAUAUCAUUCCUCUUGGAUUUCAUACGAGAGAAGCUCGGUCGAUUGUUUUUAAAAUGCAGAGAGGAUGCUUUGAGUCUCACAACACAUAAUACUCGGGGAGUGGAGUAUUUUCUGGCGAUUCAUGGACAUUAUGCAGAUGCAAUGGAGGUGGACCGAAUUGACACUUGGAGAUACUAUGUGAAAGGAGUAACCAGGAAUUGUAUUGUUGAUUUGGAACAUGCAAUGUGUGAAUGUGGUGUGUUUUAUAUCGAGAAAAUCCCAUGUUCACAUGCUAUUUCAGCUGCAUUAGCCGGUGGGAUAGCUGUGGAUUCCCUUGUAUGUCCUACUUACUCGAAAAACUACUUGUUUGCUGCAUACUCCGCCAACAUAUAUCCCCAAAUUUCAGAGGUCCAAGGAGUCCAACUAUCAAUAUGUCUGCCACCAGACAUUCGCCGCAAACCAGGCAGACGGAAGAAGUUUCGGUGGCAAUCAUGA